GAAAUUAGUCACGCUUCCCCUUGACCUCACUCGGGGAUAAAUUACGUUAGUUCGCCGGUUAACGAAUCAGUCUCAUACGCGUGCUCGCACAGACCGGUCAGUGCCACGUGGAUAAAAUGAAGUUGUCAGUUCUCAUACUAACAAUCGUUGUUAUUAUAAACACGACCGAAUGCCGGCACACGUCAUCGUCUUGGUUCCCUAACAUCGUCGAUGUUGUCGCAAACAAAACGACGCAAAUCAAGAAUUACGUCAAAGAAAAGGGUAGAAGCUUGCGAUACGGCGUCGAAAAUGUGAAAAACAAAAUAACAUCGUACAUAGGUUUUAGCGAAGAUAAAACAGGCGAUCCACCGUUGUUAAGCUCGAACAAGAAAUUUAAAGAGUACAUUGAAAAAGCUCAGAGUGAUAACAAUGUUGUGUUCGACGUUAUCGCUCCUGCAGAAGUUGACUACACUUGCUCCACUGACGAUCCCACCAUACACAUGAGUACCCCUCAACUUAUAGCCAUGAAUGGGUACCCUGCGGAAUCCCAUACUGUCGUAACAGAGGAUGGUUAUUUACUUACGCUACAUAGGAUCCCAUUCUCCAAAAAAUCCGCCAAAAAAGUGGUGCCGAGGAAAACUGUACUGCUUCACCAUGGAUUGUUGGGCAGCUCCGCGGAUUGGAUCAUUCCUGGACCAGAGAAGGGGUUGGCGUACAUUUUGUCCGAUGUUGGCUAUGACGUCUGGAUGGCCAACGUCAGAGGUAACACGUAUUCGAGAGCUCAUGUGUCUUUGAACGUGAACAGCUUCGAUUUUUGGAACUUCACAUUCCACGAAGUGAGUCAACACGACUUGCCGGCCGCGAUAGAUUACAUAAUGGACACCAAAGGAUGGGAUGCGAAAAUAAAUUACGUCGGCCAUUCGAUGGGAACCUCAGUGUUGUUCGCUUUACUUUCGAUGAAGCCGCAGUACAAUAAGAUUUUACGAGCUGGUUUCGCUCUGGCACCCGUCGCAUAUAUGACCGAUAUAAAGAGUCCCAUUCGACUUUUGGCCAAAUUCAGCAACAAUUUGGAGUUCCUGCUGAAGCUAUUGGGUGCAAAUGAGUUUCUUCCUCAGAACGCUGUUCUGCGAUGGCUAUCGAAACACGCUUGUGAAAUCAAUCACUACGAAGAGGUAAUAUGCGAGAACUCACUGUUUGUACUUUGCGGGCAUGACGAAAAGCAGUUUAACAAAACUCUUUUGCCCAUUAUACUAGGACAUGUUCCUGCAGGGGCUUCUACUAAAACUCUCGUGCAUUACGCCCAAGAAAUAAAAGCGCAGGGCAAGUUUCAGCAAUUCGACUAUGGGCCAAAGGACAAUCUCAAAUAUUACGGGUCAGUUACGCCGCCGGAAUAUCCAUUGCACGAAAUAACUUUACCGAUAGCGUUAAUGAGCGCCCAGAACGAUUGGUUAUCAGGUAGCAUCGACGUGUCCAACUUGUAUGUUCGGCUGGUCAAUCCUAUAGAACAUUAUGUGGUUCCGAUGAAAGAAUUCAACCACAUCGACUUUUUGUGGGGUAUUGACGCCCCGAAACUUGUUUAUGCGAAGCUAAUACGUUUGCUUGAAGAUGGAAUGAGCAUCUCCUACACAGAAACAAGUGUUAACGAAAUCAUCUGAUUUCCAAAAAGACAGCUGAGUAGAUAAAUUUGUUAAUGAUAAGUAGAAAUAAUGCAUUUAGUAUACCUAAUAUAAUGUGAUAGAACUGUAGUUCACUUACUCAUAAAAUACCUAAUUACGGUUUUGUAAAUUGUAACAAUGCUAGUGAUUCGGGCCACGGCUAGUGAUUGUAAAUUGUUGUGAUUGUUUUGUCUUGGACAAUUUACUGUAAUCAAUGAGACAUUCAAUUUAGUUAUUUGCAAGUUAUUUGUCAUUAAUUGUACUUUGUUUGCUGGUCUAGAUGUAGUUUAGAUAAUAUCUAAUAUGGCUUUAAGUUUUAAUAUAGCUUGUAAUAUUGUAGAAAAAAAAUAAGCACUAUGCUUAAUGAUAAUCUCACAAACAUAGAUUUUAUCAAACUAUUAAAAAAUAAAGAAAUUUGGACUGAUGUGUUUUGACAAUCUGAUGAAAAUUUUUGAUAGACUUUACAAUUUAAUGAUAUGAAGUUUUGGUUGUAUUUUAAGCAACGAUAUUAAAUAUUUAAUAUCGUUGAUUUCAGGUUAUCAGUUUUCAUUUCAAAGCUAAAUCGAGUUAACAAAGUAAUUAGGAUACUCCAAACAAUCUAUGACUUCCAAAAUGUUUGCCAUAAUUAUUAUUUACCUACUACAAAUGAAAAACAUGUUUAUUAAAUUACCUAUAAGUUAAAUAUUAAUAAACUAAAGUUAUGUGUCAAUUAUUUACUUAGUUGCCAUUUUAAAAUCUAGUCAAACCGUGAUACUGCUUGCCUCAGAAUCUUGAUCGCCGGUGUAUUAAAACAUUUGAAACAACGAUACUAAAAACCAUUGAAAAAAUAAAGGUGUACUCUUCUAUCUUAAAAGGUUUUUUUGUGUGUUUCUGAAGACCGUCCUUUUCAUGUCCCUUGAGGUUGGCAGGUAAUAAAGUUCCUCCUGAGCAAAGUAAGUAGGGACAGGGGCAUUCAAUCGUCAAUGCGUCGAAUGAUAUAAGUAAGUCCAUGAUAAAGAGAUUAUUAACUACCUACCCAUGUUAAAGCUACUUCUUAUCUACGGACAGACAGUGCAUGCAUAGGAUAGUGCAGGUCUACCAUAUAAUUAAAUAAGUACC